UAAGGAACUUGUCCCUUCUUUUUUCACCACACCACUACCACCAUGUCUGUCGGUACUGUCUACGGAAAUACUCUUUCUUUUCGCGUGUCUGCUGUUUUGUCAGCCGCCGCUGCUGCCGGUAUUAAGGUAGACAACCAAGAUGUUGCUUUUGGUAACUUCCCAGCUGACCUUGCUGCCAAAUUCCCUGAAAAGAAGGUUCCCGUCUUCGUCGGUCAAGACGGCUACUUGCUUUCUCAAGCUAUUGCUAUUGCCGUUUACUUCGCUUCUUUUGACAAGACCGGUGUUCUCCUUGGUCAAACUCCUGAAGACAAGGCCAAGAUUUUCCAAUAUGUCUCUUACUUCAACUCUGAAUUCGCCAGUGCUGGUCUUCCCUGGACUCUUGGCCGUUUGAUGGGACCCUACAACGCCAAUGUUGAAAAGCAAGCCCAAGCUUCCGUCGCUAGUGAGUUGACUCGCUUGAACGGAUUGCUUGCCGACAAGACCUACCUUGUUGGUUCUCGUCUCUCUUUGGCUGAUGUCUUUGCCGUUAACUCUUUGAGCUGUGUCAUUCGUUUCGUCCUUACAAAGAGUGAAUUGGCUAAGUACCCUCAUGUCCAACGUUACUACGCUACCAUGUAUCAUCAAAGUGGUUUGGACAGCAUUAUCGGUGCUCUCACCUUUGUUGAGAAGAUGCCCGAGAUUCCCAAGCCUGCUCCCAAGGAAGCCCCCAAGCCUAAGGAGGCCCCUAAGGAGCAAAAGCCAGAGGCUCCUGCUCCCGCUCCUAAGCCUAAGCACCCUCUCGCUGCUCUCCCCAAUGGUGAAUUGAACCUUGAGGAGUUCAAGCGUGUUUAUACCAAUCAAGAUACCCGCAGUGGUUCUCUUCCUUGGUUCUUUGAACACUUUGAUCCCGAAAACUACUCUGUUUGGAAGGUUGACUAUGCCUAUCCUGAAGAUUUGAAGCAAGCCGUUUUCAUGACUUGCAAUUUGAUCGGUGGUUUCUUCCAAAGACUUGAAGCUUCUCGUAAGUUCAUCUUUGGCUGUUGCUUGGUCAUUGGUGAGAACGGAGACAACACCAUCACUGGUGCCUUCGUUAUCAAGGGUCAAGAUCACGUUCCCGCAUUCGAUGUUGCUCCUGACUGGGAAUCCUACAGCUUCACCAAGCUUGAUGUUUCCAAGCCUGAAGACAAGACCUUCAUUGAAGACGCCUGGGCCUGGGACAAGCCUAUGUUUGGUCGUGAAGUUGCUGACGGCAAGGUCUGCAAGUAAACAAAAGACACAUGAGAUGUGAUAUUUGUUUAAAACUGUAUUUUAAAUAGUAGAUUUGUUUUUUUUUUGGGCAGUUCUGAAAAGAUGGGUCAGAUUGCAUUUCCGCGUGAAGUUCUUACCGAUGAUAUUGUGUGGUGGUAAUGUGCAUGAAAGAGGAACAACUAAACCAACGUUGGUUUUGUUUCUGGUAUUGUGGUUCUACAACAUCACAUGCUUAAAUUCAAUAAUGCACAAUCAAAGCGAGCUAGUAGAAAUGCCGUUUGAAAUCAUAUAUUUCAGAAAUGAAAUUUAAUAUAUUUUUUGAAGGAUAAAUAGGUGGAAGG